CUUAUUUACCGUCACAAUUAUAUACAGUAUUUAUUUAUGUUCUUACUAUAGUUUUCUCCGGACCUCGGUUUUUGAUCAGCCAUUUAGUUAUUGAUACAUAGAGAUUGAGAUGAUCACCGAUAACGACUUGGGGUUCAUUGCCAACUUUCUUGGCAUAUGCAUUUUUGCACUUGUAAUUGCUUAUCAUUAUGUGUUGGCUGACCCGAAGUAUGAAGGAAAUUGAAGGCCUCUUUUUAGCACAAUGAAAUAUCAUAUGUAGUUUGUAAGGAACAUGAAAUGUGUACCAUUAAAUGUUUCACUUGUGACAUUGGAGUUUUGGUAAUCCUUUGAUAUUGUGUUUUCUAAAGAAAUAUUAUUUGGACAGUGUAGCUCGAA